AUGCGCUCAGUACUGACCGGACUGUACCCUAGACACUGGCAACUGCGAUCACUCAUCAGCGCCGAGAAACAGAAGUUCGUCUAUUUCCCUGGGGGCACUGGCAGCAACCACGUCCAGCGUCUCAAUACCGCCACCAACGAAUGCGAGACCGUCAAGUUCCUUUCCUUUUCGCCACGAUGCCUCGUUGCCGAGAAUGGAUGGAUUUGCUGCGGAGGAGAGACCGGCGAGUUCACGGCGAUUCAGCUCGAGAGUGCGGCCGAUGACACCAACGAUCUCGACCUCCCGCUCAAUCUGGAGCCCGACGCUCGUCUGCCCCUCGGAUUAGACUCCGAUUCGCCUCGUCCCGAAGAUACCGUCUUCUCUUUGAUCGCCCAGUCACGACGCUUGAACUCGAACACCCGACUGAAUAAGAGCUACACGGCCAAGAGUCAGAAGCUAGCGCGCGACCGCGUCAACUGCAUAACCAUGUGGUUCCCGCCCAUCGCCGGCCCCAUGCACCACGGCGCCUACACCGAACCCGCCGCCGUUCUGGCGAACAACGACAAGUCGGUGGUUCUGGUCAGCUUGCGCGACUUUGAAAGCCAAGACAAGGUUGAGCCGUUGGACGUGGUGACAUACCCGGACUACGUCAACCGGGCCAUCAUAUCUCCCGAUGGCAGGCUCUUGAUCGCCGUGCUGGACGACCCAUUUCUAUACAUUCAUCACCGGGUUGAGAUAUCUACAAUGGAUGAGGGGGGCCCAUUUAGGGCCGAGGACAAGGCCGAGUUUCGGUGGGAGCUGUGUGGCAAGAUCUUGCUGAAAAGCCAACGCAGGGACGACAGUUCUGACAGCAGAGGGAGCUUCGCUGCUUGUUUUUCCAACACCGGAGCUUACCUGGCCGUGGGAACUCAGUACGGCACCGUCUCCAUCUUCGAUGUGGCGGGCUUGACUGACCCGGACGUCACCGACCCCUUACUGACGUCGUUUACAUCAUCAAAACCAAUGGCCGGGUCUGGGGCCAUUCGUGAUAUGGCCUUCUGCCCAGGUCCCUAUGACCUCCUGGCAUGGACAGAAGAUCGCGGUCACGUCGGCGUCGCUGAUCUGAGGACUGGAUUCGUCCAGCGCCAGAUCCUUGACAUCAGCGCCGACGGCGAUUUCGAACACGUUCCUGUGCUCGAUCGCAUGACGAUAGACCCUCGUCUGUUGGAGGGUCGUGGCGAACGAGAAAACAACUCCCUACUUGGUGUAUGGGAGAGUAGCCGUCGGCGGGAACGUCACCACAUGGCUCUCACCCCUGACGAGACCCGGGUGCUUGAGGCUCUGCAAGAGGAGCGGAGGAGGAGGGAGCAAAGGGACCGAAUCGUGGCACGAAUGGCGGAGCAGAACCAAAGUCUGUCACCCCUUCAGUACCCACCCCCGAACCAGCGGGGAGGACGACUUCCCCGUCUUACCGAUUUCGAUCCUAACCCUGGAGCAGGCUCAACGCGCGCACGAAGCAGUAGCGUCUCUCGUGCCCUGGGAGGGCAGAGCGACGUGACUCGCACGACAGGGGAUCGUGGCGACCUCCAGUCCGGCACCAUGUCUCGUGCUAUCGGUGAUAUUCUGGACAACAUACGGGACUCUAGAGAGCGAGCACAGGAACGGAUACGCAAUGCUCACCGUCUGAUCUCGCAGUCGAAUUCUGAUCGAGACCGUAUGCUAGGUCUGAUGAAUGCCGCUACCCCGCAAAGACAAGAGGUCGCCAUGAGCUUAGAUUUCGGGGGACGUUCUCCAGGGGGCCUGAUCCAACAUUCGGAGGAUUCACGGGGGGAUUCGCGCCCUCUGGCACCACCGGCGACCAGCGGCUGGGCCGAUCUCGAAGCCGUAUACAGCUUGUCGUUCGAAAGCAGCGUUCAGGAGCUGCGCGCCGCUACGAGAGACCGUGACAGAGACCGUUCUGGUAUCUUACCGCUCCUCAACAGUGUUGCCAUGCGCGAGCUUGAGGAGCGCAACGCUCGGCGGCGGGCCGUACUUGAGCACGGCGUUCAUGAGGCCCCACCCGAGCCCGACAAUACUGCUGGGAUAUCGUGGAGCGAGGACGGCCGUAUUUUGUACGUGGGGGCGGAGAAUGGCAUCUACGAGUUUCACGUCGAUGUGCAGAGCCGCAAAUUCCAUCCGAAUCUGACUUUGCGAUGA